AUGGAUCUCCUAAAGUAUUUGAUGCGACUGGAACUAACUGAUUGCUCGUCCAUGGAGGACUACGUCAAUAAGCUGACUUGCACACAACAAAAAUUGGACAAAUCUGGAACGAAGAUUCCUGAUGAUAUUGUUGCGCAAAUCAUGCUGAGUGGUCUGCCAAACGAAUACCGUCCAAUGGUAAUGGCGCUUGCAAAUAGUGGUAAAGCGCUGUCGACUGACCUAGUACGCACAAACUUGCUACAAGAAGUAAGACAUGAAUCAACGAAUAAUGACGUAGUGGCUCUUAUUUCAAAAAAGCAGAAAAAAGAUCGUGCACGGACAAUUAACAAAAAAGCGGUUGUGUGUUUCGAAUGCAAUGCGAAGGGGCAUUAUGCAAAUAAAUGUCCAACGAAGUCAAAAAAAUGUCCGAACAAUUUGUUGCUAAUGUCGACAUCACUUGUUGCUAAAACGGAAACUGCAAAUGAAUGGUUUAUUGACUCUGGGGCAUCUGCCCACAUGACAAUGUCCUCAAAUAAUUUGUGUGAGUUGCAAGAGCCGAAGUCAAGGGAAAUUAUUGUCGGGGACAAUGGACGCCUAAACGUGGAAUGUGCUGGAGAUGUUCGCAUGACCAUGUCAACGAAUGGAAAUGCCUAUAAUGAGCAAGUCACUGUAAAAGACGUUUUGUGUAUACCAAACAUUUUUGCUAACCUAAUGUCUGUUAGUCAAAUGGCAAAAACUGGCAAAACACUAGUAUUCAACGACAAAAACUGUCGUAUUUUUAACGAAAACUACAAAUUAAUAGCCACGGCACCACUUGUUAACGAUUUAUAUCGGCUUAGUUGCACCACGCAACGCAAUGCUACGGCGCUAACUGCAACAGUAAAUCGGAGCUUGUGGCACCGGCGCAUGGGACAUGCGUGUGACAGCAAUUUAGCUCGUAUUCAAUCAUCGGUUGAAGGUUUCAAAUGUUAG